AUGGCGCCCGCUACGAGGUACGGCUACGGAGAUCCCCGUUAUGGGCGGAGCCGGGACGGCUCGCUCUGGUUGUGGGCGUCGGAAUCGCGCCGUACAGGAGCAAAAUGUUUAUUUUACAGUCAGGAGGAUGUAUUUCUUUAUCAGUAUGGAACACUGAUGGGAGGAGCACUGCGUUUUUAUCAGCUUGCGUUCGUCAGCAUUCUGUGUGCAGCUUGUUGCAGCAGCUUGCCUGAAGAGAUUCCAAGAGGGCCACUUGAUAAUCUACAAAUGACAUCUAACAACUUUCAGCACAUUUUGUCCUGGCAGGCACAAAGUGAUCCAGCCGUGCCAACAUACUAUCGUGUACUGUACAGUAACCGCAGCAACCAGAAGAUUGCAAAACAGUGUUCACGAAUUGCACAACCCUUCUGUAACCUGACAGAUGAUUUUGAAGUUGUGUCUGAUGAAUAUUUUGCAUUCGUUCAGAGCUUUGUAGGAACUGAAGUGUUCAAUUCCUCGUUUCUUCGUUUUUCACCAAUCCAUGAUACAUUCUUGGGACCUCCAGAAUUUAAUAUCAGUUCCUGUCUACGUUGCAUAAAUAUCACCAUAAAGCUGCCACCUACUCACUUAAGAAAAAAUGGAAAGCUGCUAUCUUUAUCUGAUAUAUAUAACUACCUUUAUUAUGAAAUAACGCUGAAAACAGUUGAUGAAGAACAUAAGAGGCCGCCUGAGAGAAUCACUGAAGAACUUUUUAGUACAGUCAUUGAAGAAUUGUAUCCAAAUAGAAAUUACUGUGUGUCUGUUAUGGUCGCUGCAUCUCUAAAUAAACAUUCCAUCCCAUCAGCCUGGAAAUGCAUAACUACAGACUCUGUAGCUGAGAAAGAUUAUCAGAGCAUCACAAUUGCUGUUGCUGUGUGUUUUUCACUUAUCUUAGCUGUCAUCCUGAAAUGUAUGCAUGUAGGAGGUUAUAUUCUUCAAAAGAAAUCACUUCCAGAUACCUUGGUAUUCAUGAAAACAUUUACCUAUUUACCAUGUACAUUUGAAUCUGAAGAAAUAGCCUCUGUAGAGAUCAUUUAUAAAGAGGUUAAAAAAAAGGCAGAAGGAUCCAUUGGGGCUGUCAGCAAUGAAGAUGACAGUGAAAGCGAUGACAGUGACAGCGAUGUCAUGAGUAACCAUGACUACACGAGGCGUGAUAUCGUAUGUAGAGCACCUCAGUCCUCUGACACGUCUCAUGUGUUUGUGCAGCACUCUACAAGUAGUACAUGUGAUGACAGUAGCAGCCGGGUGAGUCAGAAUCCAGAUGAUGACCCAGAAGUCUUUGAAGAAAACGAGCUGGAAGCUGAAGAAGAGAAAGACACUAAUAGUGAGUUACUCAGUCCUUUGUCUAAGGCAAAUUGUACCUAUUCUCUUAGGUCAAGGAGCAAUGCUUGCUUUACCAUAAACUUAAAAUCUGUGCUUCUGGGAAUCUCUGAAGAGACCACAGAUAGUUCUGCAGCUCUCCUCUCUUCUCAAGAAGAUGCUGUUGACUGGCAAUGUGCACAUGCUGUUGAAUCCAAACUCCUUGAUGACAUAGAAAGCACACAGAAACCGCAUCAUCUAAACAGCUCUGAUGUGUGGCAAAAUUCAUCUAGUUCUUCCAGUGAAAGUGACUCAUCGGAUUCAGAUACGGACCCAAAAAGCGAAUACAUACGAAGAUGAAUAACUGGGAACCAUUAUUAAUUUGUAGCAUACCAGUAGAUAUUAUCUAACUUAGCUGUUUCUGGACUGAACAUACAGAUCUGAUCUUUUUUAAUUUUUUUUAACAUUCUGAAAACAUAUGCCUAAGUGCCAGAAAUACACAGGCCUUAUUUGUAACAAAUAUUUCUGUGACCUUUCUGGGUAUGAUUCAGCUUAUGUUACCUACAGAAGAAUGAAAAGGACUGUUAGGAUGUAGCAGAAAAAGGGGGUCAUUAUUUUGUUUUGUGGUUAAAUACUGUAUUAUACACUUUAGCUGUAACACAGUGAAUAUUUUCUAUAAACUUAAGUGAAGAGUUAGCUUAUAGAAUGGGGAGAUGUGAGCGGCCUGCCUUUUAGCUUGUCUACUUUUUAGUUUGAAAGGGCUCUGCUACUGUUCUUUAGCUCUGUUGGUGCAGGUUUCAGAGGAAACUGUUGCUGGCUGGAUCACAGCCUGAAGGGUAGAGCUGUGUUCAAGUCAGUGAACUGAUUUCUAAAUUCACAGAGAGAAAGCUGAUCAAAUGAAAUUGUGGAGGUGUGGGGAGAUGAGGUGAAAGUGCCCAGGAAAGAAUAUUCAAGAGUUCUUACUGUGUAUUAAGGCAUUAAAAGUAUACCUUUUUAAUACAA